AUACACUAUAGUAUAGUGACUAUACGGUAAAAAAAGAUUAUUUUAUUCCCCCUUCACUAGUUCCCACUCGAGGGUUUUGUGCGCCGCUGUCGACACUCAACACUGUCUACAGCAGGUGUGUUCCGUAAUUCCGCCGUAAUAUGUAUGUUAUGCCAGAAGUACCGAAUUCUUGGUAUUAUCAUUGAUUAUAAAUGUAAUGAUAGGUAUUGUAUUUUAUGGCAUAUGAAUUCAACUCCAUAUAUCUAGAAUUCAGUCUACCUACCUAUACAUAUACUAAGGCUCAUACAAUAGGUAUAUUACGUUAUAUAGGCGUCAAAUAAUUAGGCGCAGAUUAAAAAGGUUGCACCCAAAAACCCAACACUUAUAAUUUCAAUACCAAAAAGUCUACAGACAAAAACUAUAAACACUCGAUUCAUUGUAUAGCAAAAUACUGCACACUAUUUCCAAUCUACUAAGUAAUCUACUAAGUAAUUUAACAUGUAUUUUAUUAGUAAUUAACUGGUUAGACGAAGUAGUUAUAGAAUGCAUCCGAGGAAUAAUGCAAUUAUAAGAAAUGGAUGGGCUAAUUUAGAAAAUGGAACAUACAAUCUGCAAGAUUUCUUAAAAAAUGUUUCUUACACCAGUGAACAAAUCUUAAGAAAUGAGAUUGGUGAACCGGAUUUUCAACCAAUGCUUGCUAUUCAAGGGUUAAAUGCUAUACCUCCAGGGCAAUUACCACAGAGGCCCCCUCAACUGUUGUUAAGACCGAUGCCAUUACCACCAUUAAUACGACCGGCCGUACAACCACCAAUAGCUGAAGUGGUACAGAUGGCUAUACAACCAGCAGUGGCGGUACAACCACCGAUGGUUGAAGUACCUGCAAUGGCUGUACAAAAUGCUAGAAACCAGAGGGGUGUGCGUAGAAGAGGAAAUCGUGGUCAUCGUGUACAAGGCAACGGUAGAGGACGUUUGAACCCGAGAGAAUUUUUUGCAAAUAUUGAAGAAGAACUAGAACCACGUAUUCCCCCACCUGUGCCGAAUUAAAAUCCGAUUCCCGUCAAUAAAAUGAUUUUAGAAGUAUGCAUUAUUUGUUACGAAGAAGUGGUAACAGUCACUAUAGUGCCAUGUCGCCACACAUUUUGCAAUACUUGCAUUACAAGAUUAAUAGAGGAAGGGUUUAAUACAUGUCCAUUAUGUAGAGGCAAUAUUGAAGUGUACGAGGGAUAUGUAAAAUAAUGAGAAUAAUGUUUACGAUUACUAUUUGGUUUUAUUUUUUUUUUAUUGUUAAUUUGAGAGAUUUUUUUAAGUUAUUAGUUAAGUAUAUCUUUAAGUUAAUUU